AUGAUAAGCGAAGAGAGAGAAAGAGAGAGCUCUAGAGAGAGAGAGAGAGAAAAAAAAAAUGAAGAGCGAACAACAAGUCCAAAACAAACUGACUUCAUUCUCUUUAUGUUUUCUCCACAGGAUCGACACGAUAAGUUGGUCCGUGCCACGGACUUGGAUGCGUUGAGUUGCCGAUAUAGCAUCAAUGAAAAGUCGUACUUGGUUCCGCGUGACGAGUUCAUCCCGGACUUGAUCCAAAGCUACCAACAACAUUUGCAGUAUUGUCAGGGGUAUACCCAGUUGUCGUCUUCAAGGACAUUGAGGACAGUAUUCCAGGAAAGAAAGUUCCCAUUGAUCAACAGAGGAUCCUACCUACGCACCACCGCUAUUGAUAAAGUAGUACGGGAAUUUGUCGACGAGUUUUCAGGAAAAUGCCAAAUUGUGUCGUUGGGAAGCGGAUCAGACACCAGAGCAUUCACGUUGUUGCAGCAACACCCGGAAUUGGUUAUCCAUGAGAUUGAUUUUCCAGAGUCCACAAGAAUCAAGAAGUUGGCGAUUUUGCAGAGCAGUAAGCUCAGAGAUAUUGUUGGAACGGACGAGAGUGCACCACCUAUUGAAAGCAAGUCGUCGUUUGCCGAAUACAGUCCAGAUUUGUUCACACGACAAUACUAUCUCCACGGACUAGAUUUACGAACACUCGACAACAAAAUGCCUGGGUUCAAAGAGGAUGUACCCACAUUGGUGAUCAGCGAGUGUGUGUUGUGCUACUUAUCGCCUGAAGAAUACGAGAAGACAAUCAAGUACUGGACAAGCCAUAGUGGCGACAACAUCAUGGGGUUCUUGAUUUACGAGCCAAUGUCGUUGAACGACCAGUUUGGCACUACAAUGACGCAGAACUUGCUCAACAGGGGACUCAACUUGCAGAUGUUCAACAAAUACCCCGAUCUAGCGGCCAGAAAGCGGUUUCUUGAAGGGGAGUGCGGGUUGCUGAAUUCGAGAUUGACCGACAUGAGUGAUGUUGGUGGUUAUAAGGAGCAUAAUUCCCAAUGGAUCGAUGAUCAAGAGUUGCAUCGUAUUAACAAAUUGGAGUUUAUUGAUGAGAUUGAAGAGAUACGACUACUAUUAGACCACUACUGUUUGGUGUACACAGAAUACCCAAACAAACACGGCAGGUCAUUCAAAGGAGCUAAUAAAUGGCAUUGGAUUAUGUAG